AUGGGUGCAAGUCGGCUGCUUGCUGCUGCUGCUGUUUCUGCUGCUGCUGCUGCAGAUCUGCCUCGGGUGUGUUGGCUGCUGGCGCAGCUGCGAGCGACAGGAGCAGUAGAUGAGCUGACUAGACACCUGAAGCCGCAGGUGCCGCUGCUGUAUCCGCAGCAGCUAGCAACAGCAGCAGCAGCACUUGGGGCAUGCCGACUGCAGCACAAAUCCUUAUUAAAUGAUAUAGCAGCAGCAGCAAUGCCGUACCUCUCAGAUGUCUCCGCAGGGGACCUACUGAAGCUUCUCCAGGGGUAUGCUGGAGCGAAGCUGCAUCACUACGGCCUUAUAAGUGCUGUCUCUGAGGAGGUGCAGAGGCGCAUUCGGGUUGCAGCAGCAGCUGCUGCUGCAGCUGCAGCAGCAGCAGCUGGUCGUGCUGCUGCUGUGGGUGCACACCAUGCACUUGACACCAGCAGCAGCAGCAGCAAAGACGGCGAGGCAGGGGACUUGCUGCUGUCGGGAGCUGACGAGCCCUGGCAGCAGGAAGCCUCAGACGCAGCAGCAGCAGCAGCAACAGCAGCACGAAGACGGCGAAAGCAGCAACAGCAGCAGCAAGGUGGCGGCAUUAUACCAUCCUUAGAGCAGCUGAUCUGCUUCCGUGAGACACAGAGCCACACGCAUAGCAGCAGCAGCAGCAGCAGCAACAGCAGCAGCAGCAGCAGCCCAAGGCUGCACUGCGAGUUGAGUAGGGCUGCCUGUGUCUGCAGCGGGUGUCUCCUCCUUGCCCAGCUGCUGCAGCAUCAACAGCAACCUGCUGCGACUGCGACUGCUCAUGCUGCUCCUGUUACUGUUGCUGCUGCUGCUGCUGUUGCUGCUGCUGUUGCUGCUGCUGGUGCGCAGCUGGGCGUCCGUUUGCUUUAG